UAUUUUGGCGCAUGCGCACACGGGCUGGUUAGUGACAGCGGUGCAUGGCGAUAUUUGGAUUAGUUUACUUUUAGUAUAGGGUCUUAUUUAUUUAUUCAUUUCGGUGAAUAAACGAUGCGUGACUUCUUUUUGUAGCGUUUUAAUCUGAUCUAUUUAUUAGACAAGAAGCUUAAACGUCAGUAGUAUUGCUUCUGUCUCAUUCAUUAGCUCUGUACUCUCUUAAACACAAGCGGGUGUGAUAUUUAGUCUCAUAUAGUUAGUAUAGAAGAUGGGUCCGAAAAAGAAAAAUUCCAUCCCUGACAGAUGGACUGAUUAUAAAGCAGCGGGCAAGCGGAUCCCAGGCACGCGCUUCAUCGCAUUUAAAGUGCCAUUAAAACGGGCUUUGUGGAGGCAUCUGCAUGAAUCAGAAGUGUUUGGACCCUUGGAUCUAAUGGAUGUGUUGAAGAAGGAGGGUGAAGAACUUGGCCUCAUCAUUGAUCUCACCUUCACCACACGCUACUACCAGCCCCAGCAGGAUUUACCAGACACGCUUCACUACCUUAAGAUCUUUACAGCAGGACAUGAGGUGCCAAGUGACUCCACCAUCCUGAGCUUUAAAAAGGCAGUACGAAGAUUUCUGCGUGAUAAUCAGAAUAAUGAUAAGCUGAUUGGUGUUCACUGCACCCACGGCCUGAACCGAACUGGAUACCUCGUGUGCAGAUACCUGAUCGAUGUAGAUGGAGUUGAACCUCAUAAAGCCAUCGACUUAUUCAACAAGUCACGCGGUCACUCUAUCGAGCGACAGAAUUACCUGGAUGAUCUGAAAUCAGGACCGAAACGCAGCAAUGAUGGAAUGGAGGAACCAGAGCAGGAGCCAGUUAGGGGUGGAGCCACAAACAGGAGGAACGACUCAACAACUGUCCAAGAACCUCAUCCUCCUUUCAGGAGGAGAGACGUUUAUUGGGAUCACUUUGAACCUUUCAACCAGAGAAGGAGCAACAACCAGAUGAGAUCCUGUCCACCUCCUCAAUUUCACACCCCCUCUCUCAGGGCUCCUCCUCCUUUACUACCUACACCACCUUUCAGGGGCCCACCUCCUCUCCUACCCACACCACCUCCUCCAGGUGCGUGGUAUGGAUAUAGAUCGGGCCAUUACCCCUCUCCUCCACCAAACCCCCCAUUCAUGCCACGCUACACGUUCGGAGAGGAGCCUCACAGACACACGUGCCGAAAAAAGCACAGAACUUCUCAUAAACACAAUACGAAUUCUCCCUAUUAGCAGUGACUGUGAACACCACAUUCUUUUCAGUGUUCACAUUAAUGAAGAGCUUACAGUUCAGCAACAUUUUAUUCAUCUUUAUCCUUUUAGCUGUAUACCGGUACCGGGUGCAAAACUGCACAUAUUGUUCUAUUAAAAUUUGUGAAAACUCA